CUACGGUCUUUCUUUCCCAACUUGCUUAAAUCCGAAGUCGCCGAUCCCUUCAAAUCAACCCAUCUUCCGAAUCCGACCGGCGUCUCUGAAUUCUUCCCCAACGCCGAUCUUGAUUCGAUCUAUUAGGUUGUUCGCUUUCUCGGCGUUCGGGGUUGGAUUGAUUUCUAGGGUUCUUCGUAUUUUGUUUCUUCUCUAUUUCGCCACGAUCCGCGAUCGGAGGAAUUGUUUGGGUUGGAUUUGAGGGUUCUUCGAUCGGGGGAAUCGGAGGGCUUAUGCGAUGUAUAGCAAUUUCAAGGAGCAGGCGAUCGAGUUCGUGAAGCAGGCGGUGCAUGAAGAUAAUGCCGGGAACUAUGUCAAGGCUUUCCCUCUCUACAUGAAUGCCCUCGAGUACUUCCGCACCCACCUCAAGUACGAGAAGAACCCCAAGAUCAAGGAGGCCAUCACCCAGAAGUUCACCGAGUACCUCCGACGCGCGGAGGAGAUCCGGGCCGUGCUCGACGAGGGCGGCUCAGGGCCUGCUGCCAACGGGGACGCGGCCGUGGCAACCAGGCCCAAGACGAAACCUAAGGAUGGGGAUGGAAACGGCGGCGACGACCCCGAUCAGGCGAAGCUCAGAGCCGGACUCACCUCUGCUAUCAUAACAGAGAAGCCCAACGUGAAGUGGAACGAUGUGGCUGGGCUUGAGAGCGCCAAGCAGGCCUUGCAGGAGGCGGUGAUCUUGCCCGUCAAGUUCCCUCAGUUCUUCACUGGCAAGAGAAGGCCAUGGAGGGCAUUUCUUUUGUAUGGUCCACCUGGAACUGGUAAAUCAUACUUGGCAAAGGCUGUUGCAACAGAGGCAGAAUCAACCUUCUUCAGUAUAUCUUCGUCCGACCUAGUCUCAAAGUGGAUGGGUGAAAGUGAAAAACUGGUUUCCAACCUUUUCCAAAUGGCUCGUGAAAAUGCUCCUUCAAUUAUUUUUAUUGAUGAAAUCGAUUCUUUGUGUGGUCAACGUGGAGAAGGCAAUGAAAGUGAAGCUUCUCGAAGAAUCAAGACAGAACUUCUGGUGCAGAUGCAGGGUGUAGGAAACAAUGAUCAGAAAGUUCUUGUUCUGGCUGCCACAAACACUCCCUAUGCUCUGGAUCAGGCAAUCCGACGGCGUUUUGACAAGAGGAUUUAUAUUCCUCUUCCCGACCUAAAAGCCAGGCAACACAUGUUCAAGGUACAUCUGGGAGAUACCCCUCAUAACUUGACUGAAAGUGACUUUGAGAACUUAGCUCGUCAUACAGAAGGAUUUUCUGGUUCUGAUAUCGCCGUUUGUGUAAAGGAUGUACUCUUUGAACCAGUUCGGAAAGCUCAAGAUGCCAUGCAUUUCUACAAGUCCAGUGAUGGCAUGUGGUUGCCGUGUGGACCAAGACAUCCUGGAGCUGUCCAGACCACGUUGCAGGAGCUCGCUGCGAAAGGUCUUGCAGAUAAGAUCCUUCCGCCGCCGAUCACAAAGACGGACUUCGAUAAAGUACUGUCCAGACAGAGGCCGACUGUCAGCAAAGCGGACCUUGAAGUGCACGAGAGAUUCACAAAGGAGUUUGGAGAAGAGGGCUAAUUGGUUUCUGUUGCCUCCGUUCUCGAGCUAUGUAAUGGCUUAUUGUAAUUUGCACAGAGAUGGCUUGCUUAUGUGACCCCUACAUGAAAAGGAGCAUCGAAAUCUACCUUAUUCUCAUGCCCUUCCUUUUGUUGGGAUCUACUUUAUUUAUGUUAUAGUUCAAACUCUUUUUCCA